UUACUGGAAGCCUGGAGUGUGCAAAUUAAUCACAAAUUAACAGAGAGAAAGUAAGAAGCCACAUGUAGCCGUCGAUCGAACGAUAGAUGUGCCAGCCACACCUCACCAACCAUAGCAGUAGUAGCUCUUCUAUCUAUCUUCUCUUCUCUUCUCUUCACUUCACUUGCUUGUUCAUCUUCUUCUCCUCCUCCUCACUCACUCACUCUCGACGUCUCCAUUGUUUUUAAGAUUAGAGACUCUCAGGUGGUGAAUUGAAAGCAGUAAUUAAGUAAGGAAGGAACUGAAGCAAUCAAGAAAGAAGCAGGAAGAAGAAAUUGUAGAUACAGUAGGUAGGAAUUGGAAGAGAAGGAAUGUCGAUCAAGCACUGCGAGCAGCACAAGGAGUGCGAGCGGCAGCGGCUGUACCGCCGGUGCUGCGCGGUCAUCUUCGCCAUCAUCCUCCUCCUGCUGCUCAUCGUCCUCAUCGUCUGGCUCGUCCUCCGCCCCACCAAGCCUCACUUCUACCUCAACGACCUCACCGUCGUCUGCCUCAACGUCACCACCGGUGGCGCCGCCAACAGCUACUACUACUCCAACCUCGCCGUCACCAUGCAGGCCACCCUCGCCGCCCGCAACUCCAACGAGCGCGUCGGCAUCUACUUCGACCGCGCCGACGUCUACGCCGAGUACAAGGGCCUCCGCAUCACCGUCCCGACCUCGCUCCCGCCGGUGUACCAGGGCCACCCGGACCUCACCGUCUGGUCCCCCUUCCUCUCCGGCAACAACGUCCAGCUGCCGCCCAACCUCGCCGUCUCCAUCACCCAGGACGAGACCGCCGGCUACCUGCUCGUCACCGUCCGCGUCGACGGCUGGAUCCGCUUCAAGGCCGGCGCCUUCAUCACCAGCAGCUACCACCUCCGUGUCAGGUGCCCCGCCCUGCUCGUCGUCAACGACGGCCGGGGGAGCUACGGCUCCAAUUCCGGCGGCGGCGCCGGCUACUUCAGGUUCCAGCGAGCCGCCGCCUGCGUCGUCGACAUCUGAUCUGAUCUUCAUCGAAUUAAUGAAGAAUUAGUAUCAUCGAUCCUUAAUUAAUUUCUCUCUAUAUCCAUCUAUAUAUCUAUCUGCAUAAUUAAGAUGAUUAUUCCGAAUUAAUUCAGCCCGGCCCGCCCCUCCUGAAGCUCAUCAACUGAUCGACGAGCACUCUAGUACUCUUGCAGUGUAAUUAAGCCUGUGUACGUGUUUACAGUAAGAGUUAAUUUUCGCUUUUUCGGAUCUAAUUCUCAUGUCUGUCUUUUUUCUGUUACUACUAUAUAUAUGUUUAUAUGGUUGUUAUAUAUAUGUGCUGCAUGCUAGAUGCAGGUGGUCUAUACUAACUAACUGUACGUACCAGCUGUAAGUAAUUCGUAUAUAUAUAUACAAGGACACAAAAAAUAAUCUUGUAAGUAGAAAUAUACUCUUGUGUAAUUGCACAUGCAUGCGUCGUACAUAUAUAUGUACCUAGUUGCAACAUUGUAACCAAUUAAUGAUCUGAUAUAUAGUUAAUUAAAUUUCAACCAAGAAUGUUCUCACCUUUUUCAAAGGAG